GUGGGAUUGGAUGCAAUUGACAUAGCGACAGGAGAGUUGAUGGGAGAACGGUCUCAUUUUUAUCAAUAACUUUGGGGGAAUUUAUCAUUUGAACAGCUGCCAUGGACGGUUCAGUGGCCAAAAAGACCCAAGACACUUUAGGGAAAGUGAUAAAGAAACCACCUCUUACUGAAAAACUGCUCAGCAAACCUCCGUUUCGAUACCUGCACGACAUAUUCAGUGAGGUGAUCCGGACCACUGGCUUCAUGAAGGGACUCUAUGCAGAGACGGAGAUGAAGUCAGACAAUGUAAAGGAUAAGGAUGCUAAGAUAGCGUUCCUGCAGAAGGCCCUAGAUGUGGUGAUGCUGGUGAACGGCGAGCCCCUGUCGGCCAAGCCGGCGCGCAUUGUAGCCGGCCAUGAGCCUGAGAGGACCAACGAGCUGCUACAGGCCAUCGCCAAGUGCUGCCUCAACAAGCUGUCCAGUGAGGAGGCGGUGAAGCGGGUGCUGGCCGGGGACAAGCUGGACCCCAAGGGGAAGGCCAGCACCUCCCGGUCCCAGGACAAGGAGAACAGGGAGGGACGAGAGCGCCAACGAGACCAAGUGGAGAGGAAGGAGAUCCAAGAGCACAGCGGUGGCGGGGGUCGGGAGCAGAAGGACCCGGACCUGCCCAAAGAGCAUGAGGGCAGGCGGGGCGACAAGGACAAGGAGCGCCACCGCGUGAGAGAGAGGUCGAAGAAGGGCCGCGAUCGAGACCGGACCAAAGACCGUGACAAGGACAAGAGCCGGGACCGAGAAACGGACAAAGACAAUGAAAGAGAGAAAGACAGAGAACGAGACAAGGAGAGAGAGCGGGACCGAGUACGAGACGAGAGAGAAAGGGACAGGGACGGGGAAAAGAGCAAAGACAAGGAGUCGCACAGAGAGAGAGACAGAGAGAGGGAUAAGGAGAAAGAUUUUGACCGGGAGAAACGGCCAGACAAAGAGCGAGUCAAGGGGGAGAAGGAGAGAGAGCCCAGACACAAACAGGGGGAGGAGAAAGGUAACAAAAAGGCCAGAGCGUCAGAGGAGACAAAACACAGACCACAUCCAGAGGAGCCCAGUAAAACGGCCAAACCUGAACCAGCGACAGCAGAAGUCACAUACAAGCAGUCUGACAGUCCAGCCAGAAUACCUCGGCCUUCAUCUGCCAAGGGGCAGAGGCGCAGGCCCAAAGCAGGAGGCCAACAAGAAGAGUCUGACAGUGAAGAUGGAGACACUCCGUUGGCAGAGAGGCCGGUCCCCCUGGAGAACGGAGAUGCCACAGAUGCAGUGCCAGCCCACAUGGCGCACAGGAGGAUACCUCGGCCCAGCAGCGCCCGGCCCGCCCCUCCUCGGGUCAAGAGGCAGGAGAGCUACACUGACGUGACCCCAGCUGAAAGGCUGACCAGUGCCAAGCCCCUUGCGGCCGUCAUCACGGAGGGGAAGAAGCUUUCUGAGGAUGAAGAUGAGCAGUUUGUGGUGGUGGAGGCCACCCCUCCUCCCCCCGACAUGCCCGAGAUGGAGCCAACAGUGGAACUCCAAGGCGAUGAGAAACAUGGUGGGCUGGUGAAAAAAAUCCUUGAAACCAAGAAAGACUUUGAAACGUCACCAUCAUCUCCAAAGUCCAAAGAACAGACCCAGAGCCUGGUGUCGGAGGCAUCCAGGAAGAAGGAGCGGGACCUGGUGUCCAGGGAGAUUGAGCGGCUGCGCUCGUCCAUCCAGACGGUGUGCCGCAGCGCCCUGCCCCUGGGCAAGAUCAUGGACUACAUCCAGGAAGACAUGGACGCCAUGCAGAACGAGCUGCACAACUGGAGGAGGGAGAACAAGGAGCAUGCGCAGGCCCUGCUGCAGGAACAGAGAGUGACGGACAGCGCGGUGGAGCCUCUGAAGGCCGAGCUAGCCGAGCUUGAGCAGCUGAUCAAGGAGCAGCAGGACAAGAUCUGCGCCGUCAAGUCCAACGUCCUGAAGAAUGAGGACAAGAUCCAGAAGAUGGUGACCAGCAUCAACUUCUCCUCGCGAAUAUGAGGGGGAGCCAAGGUCCAAAUCAAGAAUUACCCCCUUUAAAAAAAGCACAGAGCGUUCAGGGUUAGCCUGGUUCUUACUUAAUCUGGUAACAUCCGAAAUGAUCAAGGCCUCAACUGCACUUUUACACACCCACACUAACUGACUGGUUAGGAGAGAGAGUGUUCGAAUUCAACCCCCUAGGGAGGGAGAGAGCGAGAGACGCAUGUUAUUUUGCUAGUGUUCCAUCCACUUUAAGGUGAUUGACACACCUUUACUACACUGAACAAAAAUAUAAACGCAACAUGUAAAGUGUUGGUCCCAUGUUUCAUGAGCUAAUAAAAAUAACAU